CAGAAACAAACAACAAAACAAAGAUUGUGGUACACAAAUUUCAAAUACAGACUGAAUUCUCCUGGUUCAGAAUAGAGAUUAUUCUGCUUCAUGGGCUCAGUAUACAGAAUGAUGACAUUCAUUUACCACAGAGCAAAAUUUAUUGAACAGUAGAUACUAUGCAUUUAGUAAUAAAUUCUAUUAAUUAGUCAACAGUAACAAUAUUACACAACAUAAAAGUUAUAAAUAAACUUUCCUUGUACUUAAUUAUACAUACAAAAUAAUGCUAAUUGUUUUAAACAAAAUUUAUAGACCUCUGAAAAUAAAAUUUCAAUUAAAUAUGUUUGAGUAAUUUUGUGGAUGAAACAUGCUAGUGAGUGAGUGAUUUGAUUCAGAUGAGUCACCUAACUGAAUAAGUGACUCAAGUCAUCAAUAAUAUAAUCACUCUAGUCAUUAAACGUCCAAGGGAUUGAAUGUUGAACCACAGACUCAUUAAAAUAUUAAAUUCAAGUGGCCUCCAAUGGCAUAACUUUCACACCAGAUGAAAAUCAGUCAAAUGGUACAAAAGUUGAAAGGGUAGAAUAGGAAUAUGGAUAAACACACCAUAAUAAUUACAUUAGCUUACUUUUUUCUUGAGAAACAAAAAUAGGUCAAGAAUUAUGUAAAUGAAAAUAUAAAAAAGUAUGAAACAUAAUAUCAACAUAGGUUAUGAACACAACUUUAUAGUAAUACAUGAUUUCAAGUGCCUAGAGAUAAAGCUAUAUUUUAAUGUACCACUACAUACUUAAGAAAUGCUGUACUAGUGGAUAUUAAACAUGGGAAAGUGAUGAAUAUUUCCAGAACAUGGUUUAAUAGAAACAGUAACAGAAGAAUAACACUGUGUCAUUUCAGUUAUCAUGACAGAUUUCCAAUCAGGAAGACCACAGUGUGGAAUGAAAUGUCAAAUAUUGUCCAGUAGAGUCUGGUGUGUACAUAACUGCCUGUCUGAUGUUAUGUCCUGAUUUUGUUUCAGUAUGUAAAGAAUGCCUCUUGAAAGACAAGACCAACAAGUCAACAAGUUGGCUCUGCAGCAAAACCGGUAGCUGACAUUCAGAAGGUCCUAAGUUCAAGUCCUGAAGGUGGUUAACCAGUCUAAAUUUUCAGUACCAUCUAUUAUUUUACUCAUUCAGGUCCAGAUGUUUUCUUCAGAAGUCUCUUUUCAAACAUUCAUGUUCUUCCCUCACAGCGACAGACAACACCUCACACCCCUGCAAAACAUCAGUGUGAUUUCCCUUCAUCGUCAACAUAGUUCCACCAUCGCAGACCAACCAUCAGUCGCCCUGUAAGCACAAGCAAGAAAAUGGUUUUGACAGACAUAUUUGAAUUCAUAGUACUGAAGUGGAGUAAGGAUACCCAAACAUCACUCCAUGAAGACAAAGAGAGGGUAAAGAAUGUUGCAGACAUAAAGAAAUUGAAAUCUUCUGGUAUAUGCACUAUUAAAGGAAUUAAGAUGUGCACUCGCAAGAAGUUAUGUAAUAUAAGAGGAUUUUCAGAAGCUAAAGUAGACAAAAUAAAGGAAGCAUGUGCUAAAGUUGAUACAGCAGGUUUCCUCACAGCACUGCAAGUUAGUGACCGACGAAAACAGGUGUUUCGUUUAAGCACUGGUAGCCAGGAACUGAACAAGCUUCUAGGAGGUGGCAUUGAAUCCAUGGCUAUCACUGAGGUGUUUGGUGAAUUUCGCACAGGCAAGACACAGUUAUCACACACGCUCUGUGUCUCAGCUCAGAUGCCUGGAGAAAAUGGAUACAUGGGAGGAAAGGUCAUUUUCCUUGACACAGAACAUACCUUUCGUCCGGACCGUUUACGUAGUAUUGCAGAUAGAUUCAACCUUGAUCAAUCAGCAGUACUAGACAAUGUACUGUAUGCACGGGCUUAUACAAGUGAACAUCAGUAUGAACUUUUGGACUAUGUUGCUGCAAAGUUCCAUGAAGAGGCAGGUGUCUUUAAAUUGCUUAUCAUAGAUUCAGUGAUGGCACUGUUCCGAGUAGAUUUCAGUGGACGAGGAGAGCUGGCUGACAGGCAACAGAAGCUGGCACAGUUGUUGUCCCGACUACAGAAAAUAUCAGAGGAAUACAAUGUUGCAGUAUUCAUAACAAACCAGAUGACAGCUGACCCAGGGGCCACACUUAUGUUCCAGGCUGAUCCAAAAAAACCAAUUGGAGGCAAUAUUUUAGCUCAUGCUUCUACCACUCGAAUUGCUCUGAAGAAAGGAAGGGGUGAAACACGAAUUGCUAAAAUAUAUGACAGCCCAGACUUACCUGAGAGUGAAGCUACAUUUGCUAUAACAGUGGGUGGAAUUGCUGAUGCAAAGGACUGAUUUAGUGUAAUUUGGUUCAAGUGUUACAAUGGACUAGAUAAAUAUUUGAAGACUUAGAUAUUAUUUCAGUGAUUAAAUGUAUUUGUAACAGAGUACAGUACUAUCUGAUUUCUUAGUCAUGGUUGCUGGUAUAUGUGUGAUGGGAAAUAUGGCAGGAAUGGUAAGAGUUGUGUUUUGUCUGUCUGAAGACAGCAUUAGAAUGAGAAGGUGACACUCAAGAACAACUUGACUUUCUUACAGCUUGGUCUUAGUUAACUCUAAUUCCAAUUAAAUCCCCACUCUCUGUUUGUGGAGUUGAUGAAAUCCACUGUUUGUUUACUUGACACCAGUGGACUAUUAAUAUUUCAUAUAACAUGUAAUUCUUAUCAAAUUCCAUUACAUUUGUGCCUCAGUUAUAUACAAUAUAUUAUUACUUACUUAUCCUGAGGUCAUAUUAAACAUUAUAUGAGUGUAUAGGAAAACUAUGUUUUCCAUUAGGCUUUGUGAUUUUAAAGUGUUAUUUUGAUGGACAGAUAUAAACAGAUAUGUAACAGUGAAAGUUAUUUGCUACAAUUUUGGAUUUGAAUGUAGGACCAGUGGAAGAAUAUUGUUAUAAUAUAGUAGGCUUCCAGAACUUACAAAUGUUUUCUGAAAUAUAGCUAUAAGUCCACAUAGUGUCACAUCAACAUCUUCACUACCACCAAACAUCAUGGUCAAGUAGUUAACACUCCUGCUUUGUAUUGGGAAGGUUCUGGGUUCAAAUCUUGGCCCAGAUACCAGCUAUUGUGACUGGACUUUUUCAUGGUUUUCCUCAGUCCUUCCAGGAAAAUGCCAGGAUAGUACCUUAAAUUAGGCCACAACCGCUUCCUUCCACAUCCUUUCCAAUUCACUUUCAUUCUCACAUUCAACGCUAUAUAGUCUGAGCUACUGAAAGUGUCAUUAAAUAAAACAAAUAAAAUAAUCUUUACUGCUGUGAGAGCCUCAAAUCUCACAAUAUGAAUAUUUCUGUUUACCCUGUGACUAUCUGCAAAAUAAACAGUGCUCUUAUUCCUAUUUGGUAUGGGCUCUUAUUUUUGUAAGAAUGCUUUUCUUACAAAAAUAAGAGGUAAUUAUUUGUAUGAGCAAAUAGAAUAAAAUGCCUACCAGAGCAUAAAGUAAUGUCCAUUAAACAUAAGAAAUUAUACACAGUAUUUGUUAAACUAACACUGAAAUAUUAUAGUGAAAAUGGGUAUGGGGUGACAUGAUUUUCAGUUUUCUUACAAUAAAAUUAAUACAUUGAUCUGUUCCACAUCUUAAUUAAUAACUUUCCAUGGACUGCAUAUAAUCUACAGCCAAUAUCUGUCUUAUCUAUUGUAUAUUACUUCUAUAUGUAUAUUGGUUUUAAAAUCUGUAUAUUGUUUGGAAUUGUUCUUAAAUAUUGCAACAGAUGGGAUACAUAGCAAUGAUAUCUGUUUUUUAAUUAAUUUCAAAGUCCUACUUAUGUAGCAUUUCAGAAAUAAGUUAUUCUCACUUGGCAUUACUCAUUAUUUAAAUUAGGCACAACAUGUCACAUGUGGCACUCUUUGAUGGCUAUGCAACCUGACUCACUUCUUGAAUUAUACUCAAUAUGUGACCCCCAAAUGUCUCAAUGCUAAUAAAUUUUAACUUUUAAAUGCAUGUAGAAUAGCCAUUUGUGUACCAUUGUUUUAUGAGGUGGAAAUAUGUUUCAAUGAAUUUCACGUGUUUGUGGUUGAA